GCACACCUAUCAGACUGUUCAAAGUAGUACUUAGUAUGCUCUUUUAUUUGCAGUAGAGUAUUUUCAAAGUGUGGUGAGUACUUCCUCCACCACUAGAUGUCAUCAAAACAUGACGUAUCAUCCGUUGUCACAGUAACCAUUUGUUUCGUUGCGUGAGGCGUUUAAGAGGCAAAAGACGUCGAUACUGAUGCAUUUGGCUGUCUUUCAUCCACAAGUAACAAGGUCUCUUUCUCCAUGAGGCGGCCCCAUUUCUUACCAUUUCUUUAUUUAUGUUCUUCUUACCAGCCUAUACUUACAGUGACCCCCAGAGGAGAGUAAUGUCUGUCCAGGACCACAGUCAGCGGCAGGGUGUUGGACCCACUCUUGUGAAUUUUGAGGUUAUGCGGAACCACUCUGAGCUCUUCAGAGAAGAAUGCACAAGGUUAAUGCUGGAAACUGACAAAGCAUGCAAACGCAUGCAAAAUGAUGACAACAAGCGACUAGAUCAGCGCGUCAGAGACAUCCAGUUUCUGAAGGAGGAGUUGGAGCUGAAGUUGGAGGAGAUUAUUGUGGAGAUUGAUGUCCUCAUAGCGUUGCAGAGCAGAGUGGCAAAAGCCCUUGAGGCCUGCAAAGAGCUUCUGAAAGUCACCUUGGUCUGUCUGGAGGAGAGAAUGAAACGUCUCCCCUCUGAGAGGUUACAUGACGAGGUGGACAGAGAGCUGCUGAAGGAGAGGGAGGUUAUUGAGGGAGUGGCUUCCCUUCUGCAGAGUGUAGCAGAGCAAAUAACUGAGCAGAUACGACUGCACCGAUCGGCAAAGUACCAGCUGGAGAAGGAUCUUAAGGAGAAAUUUGAGGCUCAGUGCAUUGACAACUCCUGUGCCUUAAUGACCCACCAUUCCAUCAACAACCUGCAGAGGUCCAAACACACUGAACAUGUUCUGCCAAGCUUGGCAGUAACCCCAAAGCAGUGGGAGAACAUCUCGGACAUCAACAUGGUCAAAGCAGAGCAGCAGCAGGCCAACUCUCUGUCCCUGCGGGCCCUGGUGGGGUCUCUCCUGGAACAGACGGCCGCCGACAUUCAGAAGCAGGUCCAGACCACAACGGCAGCCUUCCAGCUAAACGUCCGGGAGAUCAAGUCUGCCAAGAGCCAGAUGGAGGAUCAGCUGGCCAAGAUUUCUUCUGAGUAUGCCAGCCAGCAGAGGAUCGGGGAGGACCUGCAAGUGGCCAUCACAGAGAGAGAGCAAGUUCUGAGUCUGGCCCAGGCCCGGCUGGCUCUGCGCCGCCGGAGGCCCGGCAAAGAGCAGUGCCACGAUCCGGCACAGUCCCAGCUCCUCGCCGAGGUCCAGCAGCUCACCACUCACAUCAACAGACUUUGCGGGGCAGCGGCCCGGUCAGACGAGGAGCAGAGGGCUCUGGUUCGCUGCCAGCUGGAGCUUCAGGAAAGCAUCGAGAUGAAGGCCAACUCUCUCUACAUCGAUGAGGUCACCUGCGCCCAGCACAGGGAGCCCAUCAUCAUACACAACUUCUGAGAGUUUAGCAACAGAGCUGCUUUUGGUUAAGCUCACUUCAAAUUGUAUGUGUAGAUCUAUUCCUUUGUCAUAUGAUUUAGUUCAGAUUAUUCAUUGUGAGAGCUGUGUGACUUGACUUUUCUUGUGUAAUGGUUACACUGCUUUUAGUCAUACAUCUCAUGGAAAGCUUUCCAAUAAGGUCCAAGUACACAGAACUACUGAAUAAUGUUAACAUUGACAUUGACAUUCAUUAACAAUGAAAAUACAAGCCACUGUACCUGCACCGAUGGUUAAAGUCAAUGUAAAUAUAUGAGAGAAAGGCAAAGGCAUUUCACACAUUCUUAUUUUAAGUAAAUUUCAGAUUUUGACGUGUGAACUUUUUAUGUUUAUCUGGGAAACUUUAGCAGCACAUAAUCCACUUUAUGUGCUGCUAAAGUAUUUUAUGCUGUGAAAAUUGCUCAGUAUGACUUAACACAUUCAUUAUCAUUACAGUUAAGUAGCUGUAUUUGUAUUUAACAAAAAGAACAUUACAAAGUCUUCAGGCCUGUCAAGUUCACUUGGAUACAUUUUAUAUUCCUGAGUUUUAUAGUCAUGCACACACAAACUUAAAUUAAAGAAAUUUAU